AUGCAUCUUUUGGAAAACCAGCGUCUCUCGUCUCUUUGCGUAUCAUUCAUUCUGAUUGUCCCAAUCGCUUCUCAGCGACAUGGAUGAAACAAAAGUACCCCAGAAACAAGCCAAUUUCCCUUCUGCAAUACCUCGUUGUCCUACCAAGACCGAGCCAAACGCCUAGUCUCGCUCCUAACCCUCCACGAAAAGGUGCAGCAAUUGGUGAACCAUGCAACCGGCAAUUCCCGGCUCGGUGUGCCACCAUACAAUUGGUAGUCCGAGGCGCUUCAUGGUGUAGCAAGUCAGGGGGCCAUCAUUUUCAAUGGACCAGUGUCGGGGGCCGCAAGCUUUCCUGCAGUUAUACUCUCGGCUGCAAGUUUCAAUUCCACACUGGGGUAUAAGUUGGGCCAGGUCAUGUCGACCAAGGCUAGAGCCAUGCACAAUGUUGGUCAAGUGGGGCUCACGUACUGGAGCCCCAAUGUCAAUGUGUUCCGGGACGCAAGAUGGGGGCGUGGCCAAGAAAUGCCGGGAGAAGACUCUCUGGUUGUGUCCAGAUAUGGGGUGAACUAUUUGAGAGGACUACAAGAAGUAGUGGAGGGAGGCAAUUAUACUGAUAGCAGGCUCAAGGUUUCUAGUUGCUGCAAGCAUUACACGGCUUAUGAUGUCGAUAGCUGGAAAGGUGUAGAUCGAUUUCAUUUUGAUGCACGCGUGACAAAACAGGACAUGAAGGAUACAUAUCAGCCACCAUUUAGGAGCUGCAUAGAGGAGGGGCGUGUCAGUAGUGUUAUGUGUUCUUACAAUAGGGUGAACAGUGUUCCUACCUUUGCCGAGCCAAACCUGCUCAAAGGAGUAGUCAGAGAUCAACGGGGUCUUGACGGCUAUAUCGUCUCGGACUGCGACUCAAUUGAGGUUUACUAUGAUCGCAUCCACUAUGCUGCUACACCUGAGGAUGCAGUCGCCCUUGCCCUAAAAGCAGGUUUAAACAUGAACCGUGGACAUUUUCUAAGCAAGUACACACAAAAUGCGGUAAACCAGAAGAAGGUGGAUGAGUCUGUUGGGGAUCAGGCCUUGGCAUACAACUAUGCAGUUCUCAUCAGACUCGGCUUCUUUGACAGAGACCCCAAAUCUCUCCCAUUUGGAAAUCUUGGUCCACUGGAUGUAUGUACCAACGAAAAUCAAUACUUGGCACUAGAUGCUGCGAAGCAGGGGAUUGUCCUUCUUGCCAACAAGGGAGCACUCCCACUGUCCAAAAGUACCCUAAAAAACAUGGCUGUCAUAGGACCAAAUGCUAAUGGAAAGGACAUGAUAAGCAACUAUGCCGGUACACCUUGCCGAUACACCAGUCCAUUACAAGGGCUGCAAAAGUAUGUGGGCACAGUGAUCUAUAGCCCCGGUUGUGCCAACGUGAAAUGCAGCAACAAAUCUCUUUUCGAGGCAGUGGUUAAGAUCGCCGCCACAGCCGAUGUUGUGGUUGUUGUGGUGGGGCUUAGUACAUCGGUUGAGGAUGAGGGGUUGGACAGAGUGAACUUAACAUUGCCAGGGCUUCAGGAAAAGCUGGUGAUGGAGGUGUCGGACGCGACAAAUGGGACCAUGAUUCUUGUUAUCACGUCAGCUGGUCCAGUUGAUGUUUCGUUCACAAAGCACGUGAGUAAAAUCAAGGGAAUUCUGUGGGUUGGAUAUCCAGUUCAAGAUGGAGGAGAAGCCAUAGCCCAGGUCAUCUUUGGGAACUACAAUCCAGCAAUUUUGUUCGGUGGAAGGUCCCCCUUUACAUGGUAUCCACAAGAGUAUGCCGAUCAAGUACCAAUGACAGACAUGAACAUGAGAGCCAACAGCUCUACUAACUACCCUGGAAGAACUUACCGUUUUUAUGCAGGAAAAUCCGUCUAUCAGUUCGGCCACGGACUGAGCUACUCCUCGUAUUCCAAAUUCGUCAUAUCCACCCCGUCCACUAUACUUGUCCAAUUGGCAUCCGCAUCCAAUCGACACAACAUUCUCUUUUCCAGCUCCAAAGUCCAAAUACCCUCGGACUCCAAUGCUCAAGCUAUCAACAUUUCAGCAAUCAAAUGUACAGACUUGCAAUUCAAUGUAGUCGUCGGAGUCAAGAACGACGGGAAAACAGAUGGGACUCAUGUGGUGCUAGUGUUUUGGAAGCCCCUGAGCUCACGAGUAUUAAUAACUGGUGUGCCGAUUCAGCAACUGGUGGGUUUUGAGAGAGCGGAGGUGAAGGUUGGCAAGACACAGAAGGUGACCGUGAGGGUGAACGUGUGCAAGCAUCUGAGUCUUGCAGACAAGGAAGGAAACAGACUUCUGGUCACAGGGCGACACACACUAGUAGUCGGUUCUCCAAUCGAGCGCCAAGCGAGGCAUCACUUCAAUGUCCGGUUGGAAGCAUCGAAGAAAAACUGAGCUCGAGGAAAAUCGAUGUAGUAUUCAUGUCACCACCUGAAGAAGCUACUUUGUAUCUGCAUCUGUACUGGAAUAAGAAAAAGUCCUAAGACCAGUAUUUUAAGACAUGACUUUAGGGAGAGAAUUUGGAGCAUACUAGAGCUGAAUAUAUGGUACCACCAGUUGAUAUAGUUAUUCAUCACCAGUUUAGUCAAUAUUUGCAUGAGAGAGGAAUUUACUUGGACAUUGUGAUGAAUUUACUUCCUUUUCAUUUUAAGCACAGAAAAUUAAAAAAACAAUUAAUCCAUAAAGGUAGGGAACGCUAGAGGAAGGGCUUGAA